UACAUUAGAUAGCUAUAAGGAAGGGUCGGAUGGUGUUUAGCAAAUGAGGGAAGCCAAUGAGAUUACAGGAGGGAAAUACACUAUUACUCCUCCCAUGUGACGUUACCGGUUCCCAGGAGGGAGGGGCGGGGCAGUAACCAGCGAUAGUUCAGGAAUCAGUGAUAUUUUUCCAGUGCCAGUCCCAGGGCAGCAGCAGCAGCAGGAAGACGUACAAAUAUCGCACAGUCAGAGAGACACCGGCCGUACAAGGACAGUCACGGUUGGGACAUAAUUACAGGAGACUCUGGCCUGGAGGCUACAACUUCCCACUCUGUCGUAAAGAUCCUUAGAGAUGCAGAGUGCAGGAAUUCCAGGAAGUAAGAUGGCGCCGAGUGGAGGAUACCCAUCAGCCCGCGCGCUCGGCCAUGAGGAGGGGCUCUACUGGUUUAUGGAGAGUAGCCAAUAGGAGAGAAGGGGCGUGUGUUGUGUCAGUCGGAGUGCCGGAGAGCAGUGUGACGCGAGGAGAGUCUGUCAGAGAAACAUUGAGCCGAGUGCAAUGGCUCUGCUCUGUCGAUAUCACAUUUUCCAGUUGUUUCAAUGUCGUAAAGGAGAGAAGAUCCUGAUGGGACGUCCCCUGAGGGGCUUUUGCUCUCCUGCACCAGGGCCGCCCCCCCGCAGGGUGCUCCCCAGGAUAUUUCUGGGCUCAGCCUUAGCUGUACCACCACUUGGGACUCUGGUGUAUUAUUGGUCAGAACCACAGGAGCGACGGAGAAUGAGAAUCCUUCUGCAGGGGAUUGGUCGAUUCUGGAGGUCUCUGAUGAUUGGUUCUCACAUCUCACUGGAUUACUGGUGGACAAGUCAUGUGACCCUACACGGGGAAGACGAGAACAGUCCUCGGUACGAAGCCGUGAUGUCUCGCUGCCACCAACGAGCUGCUGACCAAUUAGUAGAGGGGGCAGUACAGAAUGGGGGUCUAUAUGUGAAACUGGGCCAAGGUCUCUGUGCCUUUAACCACCUCCUGCCACCUGAAUACACGAAAACUCUGCGUGUUCUAGAGGAUCGGGCUCUUCCUCGCCACCCCAAUGAGGUGAAUGAGCUUUUCCUGGAAGAUUUCGGCGCUCCGGCAGAACGGCUCUUCCUGAACUUCGACCAAAAACCUAUAGCGGCCGCCAGCCUGGCACAAGUGCACCGGGCAACACUGCACAAUGGCACCGACGUGGCUGUAAAGGUGCAGUACAUUGACCUCCGGGAUCGAUUUGAUGGCGAUAUAAAAACCCUGGAAUUAUUACUCCGGCUGAUUGAGUUCAUGCACCCGACAUUCGGAUUCAGCUGGGUGCUGAAGGACCUGAAGGGAACCCUCUCUCAGGAGUUGGACUUUGAGAACGAAGGGAGAAACUCUGAGCGCUGUGCCAGGGACCUGCAGUCUCUUCCGUAUGUAACCAUUCCCCGAGUACACUGGGACAGAACCAGUAAGCGAGUACUCACUGCCGAUUACUGUGAAGGCUGCAAAGUGAGCAGUGUGGAGGGGAUCACGAAGCAGGGCCUGGAUGUGAGAGAUGCGGCCGAGAAGCUCAUUCAGGUGUUUGCCGAGCAGAUAUUUUACACCGGAUUCAUCCACGCUGACCCGCACCCUGGCAACGUCCUGGUGACCAAAGGGUCGGACGGAAAGGCUCAGCUGGUUUUGUUGGACCAUGGGCUGUAUGAGUAUCUGAGUGAGAGGGAUCGCACCUCUUUGUGCAAAUUAUGGAGAUCCGUUGUACUGAGGAACCUGCAGGAUAUGGAGACGCACUCGGCUGAGCUUGGGGUAAAAGAUUACUUCCUGUUCUGUGAGAUCCUCCUCCAACGCCCCCUUCGUGUUCCUGGCGCAAUGGGGAAUGCUUUAACACGGGAGGAGACUCGCUAUAUGCAGGAUAUGGCGCGGGAACACUUUGAUGACAUCAUGCGUGUGCUGCGCUCCCUCCCUAAGCAAAUGCUGCUUGUUUUCAGAAACCUCAACACUGUCAGAUGUUUACACCUGAGUUUGGGGGCCCCGGCUGACAGGCACAUCCUCAUGGCACGGAGUGCUGUAAAAGGUUGGAGGCGACUUGCAGGGCAGAAUUCCUUGGGAGUCACUCGAUGGAUAUCGGUCACAUGGGAAAGCUUCAAGUUUGAGUUGGCCUUAAGGUGGGACAGCCUGAUGCUCCGUGUGACCUCCUACCUCAUCCAGCUGCUCAUUCGCUUGGAAUUCAUUGAGCACAAUGAGCAGAUCCAGCAGUUCCUGCAGUCCUAAUGAUGACUGUCUGCACACGGGGCCCUACAUUCCUCUCUCAAAUGGACACCAGUAUCCGUGGCACAGUCUCCUCGUGAUGUUCCUGACUCACAGGGAAGCUGACUAACUUGGAACUCUGGGACUUAAUAAAAUGUUUUCAUAUGAA